ACUAACAAAAACAAACCACGAUGUGAUCUGCUUCCUGUACAUGCGCACUUGCUCGCGGCUUUGUCAGUCAACUUCCGCCUGCCGAAAACUCGGAAUUAAAUAUGGCGUAGAGCGAAGUUGCUGUGUUCUGCAAUUUCACUUAUUUAUGAAUAUGCUGUGAUAAAACAAGAAAAAAAUUAACCCAUCACUGAGAUUUUGAACACAUAUAAAUCCCACGGAAGACUUGGCGUAUUUGGCAUUCCGGCAGAUGGGAGCACUGGGGAGAAAUCCGGAAGUAUUUGUUUAACGAUUGGUCGACUACCAUUUGCACUUUCGGUAAAGCUAAGUACGAUGACGACACUUAAAAAUAUUUCCUGAGGACGAGUGUCAUAUUUAUCUCUGAAGCAGCAGGAACGUAUAUAUAUAUAAUUGAAUUUCAUGGAAAUAUCUGCCGAAAUCCAGAGUGAAAGGACUUAAGACUGGAAUUGCCCCAGACUGACCGAGUGAUGGAUUUAUCAAAUGUUAUGUCAGUUUUGCUGAGCUUUGAGCUAGGAUUGCUUCUCUUCACUCAAGUGAUUGGACGGCUGGAUGCCGUUUGCACACUGCCAAACAUUCUCCAUGGAAAGGUGCUUGGUCAGACUCCAGUACAUGUUGAAGACGAGAGAGAGAUAGUCUGUGACAGUGGCUACAAGCUGUCAGGCAGUCCAUACAUUACCUGUAAAUCUGAUGGUUCAUGGGCAGCAACGUAUGGCAGUCCCAGCAUUCCAGAGUGUAUAGAGUUGGAGAGCAGUUUCAAAUGUUCCCUGCCAGAUAUUCCUCAUGGCAAAGCAUUCAACCCUGACCGUGAAUCAUUACCUGUGGGUGUGAGAUGGACAGAAGCAGAGGUAGUCUGUGACACUGGAUUUAAACUCAAGGGGACUCAGUUUAUUGUAUGUAAGGAUGGAACCUGGUCUGCAGCUUAUGGCUCCAAUGAUGACUUCCCCAUGUGUGUCCGUAAGACAUGUCUGCGAGUGUCUCACAUAGAGAAUGCUGAAGUGGAGUACAGGGACCUGAAGGCAGAGAUCCGCUGUAACCCAGGCUAUCGUAUGACCAUGAAUUCCCCAGCCAUUCUCACCUGCUCCAAUGGCCAGUGGUUAGGGCCAGUCCCUAGCUGUGUCUUGUUAAAACCCUGCCCUCAGCCUCCGCAGAUUCCAUUUGCCAAUGUUCAGUAUUACAAGGCUAACCCUGUGGACGGAUCAAAGGUCACAUAUCACUGUCAUAGCGGGUACACCAUGGAUAACCAGGGCCUAGCAGAACUCACCUGUGUCAAUGGAGAGUGGCCUGGCAAACUGCCCACCUGUACCAUCACAAUACAGUGUGAGCAGCCCGAAUCCAUCCCCAAUGGUCACUGGUCCCGGGUGGGUGGGGAUGAGCUGUACGUGUAUGAAGUCAACUCUAAGGUGCAGUACGAGUGUAAUGAAGGGUUUCGUGUGCUAGGACAGAGUCUGAUGUGGUGUAAAGAAGACAAGACCUGGUCUCACAUACCUCCCCAGUGUAUAGCCCAGACAGAUGAGUCUAUGUACUGCUCCUCACCCCCUGACUUGCCUGACGGGCAGUGUACAUGUGAGGGUCAUGACCAGAACUACUGCGAGCCCUUCACUCCCGGGAUGCGUUGGCUGUGUCACUGUGGUGAGGGCUACGCUCUGGAGGGUGCUGAAGCCCUCACCUGUACCUCCAGUGGUCAUUGGAACCAUGACAUGCCAAACUGCAUACCAGUGUCUAACCAGAUCAGUGCUGGAUCAGACCUCACCACCCCUGACAGCUCUCAUAUCAGUACCCUGGCCAUUGUGGUUGCUACGGCCUGCAGUGUUCUGGGCGUCCUACUGCUUGUUAUGGUGGCCGUAAUAUUCCGUCGUCACAAGCCACGCCCUCGUCUGUACCACACCACUCCUGCCCCACCCCCUUAUACCCGUGUACACAGCAACUCUGUGGAUGAGCAUGACCGUGUGGCGCUAAUAGCCUAUGCGGAAGGGCGCCAAGUCGCCCUGCCUUCUUACGAUGAAGCAACACGAGGUAACCAGCGUGGGCAGGCCUCUCCCGGUUAUGGCACCACAGUUGGUGUGGUCAGUGAGGUAGGAUCACAUGGCCAGCAGUACAGGCCACUGCCCCCUGUACCCUCCGCCCUGCGGGGCAACCACCAACCUAACCCUCCUGCUAACACAGACCACAGUAACAGGCACUCAACGGCCACAACCAGCACAGUGCACAACAGGGAUGGCUUCCCUGAGGUGUUUGGUUCUCUCGACACUGUCAACGUUAGUAUUAGUGAUGCCUCCACAGCAGGUACUAUGGAAACAGUGGACAGUGGGGCUUCUAACCCAUCUCUGGCUUCACGGCGAGCGAAUGCUGGCAGCCUGGGAUCUUCCAACGGUAGCCUGGCCAAUGAUGAUGCCCCCUUGCUAGAGACCAGUCAUGAUGGUCGUAUCAUGAGUACUAGCUCAGAGCCACUCCCAGAGGAAGAUAAAGAAGAGUGAAAAUAGGCCUGUCAAAAAGUUGGAGCUGAACUAGCCAAACCUGUCAUCUUGUUGAUGACAAAACAUGUCAUCAUGGUGACAAAGCCUGUCAUCAUGGUGAUGAACCUAAGAACAACAGCCUGUCUUAAUCUUGAUGGUGGUGAUGAAGUCCUGGUGGUAAUGACUCCUGUGUGGUGACAGUCUGUGUAUAUAUGUAAACGUGUGGAAUGUUAAUAUCUUACAAGAAUAGUACUGUAUAGUGUACAAGCAUUUUCAGAACUGAAAGUGAAAGUUGGGAGGGUCAUGGCAUAGUGUUAUGUGAGACAUGUGGACUGUAAAUGUGCUGUAUAAUCUCUCACUGUAAAGUAUAAUGUUGAAACAUGUGAAAAUAUCUUCCACAGUUGACAAAAAAAUCUACAUAUGUGUAAAGCGCGGGAUGUUUUGUUAUACACAACACCUCGCCAAGUCAACACUUUUUUUUCUCUGCAGCAUGGUAUUUCUGCUUUUAGAUAUUUGUGGAUAAACAAUUGGUUAUCAUUUUGUCUAAGUAUUCUAUACAUGACAAUUGGUGACUGACAAAUUGGGAGUAUAUUUUAAAUACGCUGGAUUAGGUUAAUCCCAGAUGCAGAAAUGGCAAGUUUGACCUUAUCAUCAACAUAGAAUUGUUUACAAGAAAACUUGUCAUUGUUAAACGUAACCAGGGCAUGUGUUUCCAUUGUCAGUUUACAUUACAUAAUUGUUACUUUUUUUUCUAUCUUAUUUUAUGUGUUUGUUGUUCUAUUUCCUACUUUUUGCACCUGUCUAGUUUCAUAUGCACCAUUUACUCAGUUACCUAUACAUUUGUUAAACUCUUUCUCAAUCUCCAUACAUGUUUUUUGCCGCCAUAAGACAAAGGGAGUUAACUCUACCUGUGCCAGAAAGAACAGUCAUAUAUUUAGUGCUGAUUUUAUGAAUGUUGGAAUGAUUAUUCAUUGUUAUUGCUUUAAAUAUAUCAUAGUGCAUAUACUGUUCUUUACUACUUUAGAGCUGCGUUGGACAGUGGUGAACCAGAUUUUCCCUGUCUAUACCCUUGUUUUGUAACAAGUUGCUAAAUUAGGAUGCCAUGUAUAUAUGUACAGUAUCAAAACUUGACCAAGAAUCAAAAUGAAUUACAAAUAGUUGCAUGACACAUUUACAGAAUUUAAUUUGGCAGUAGAACGAAAUAUUGUUUUGAAGUCUUAUGAAAGUAAAAACUGGUGUCAUGAAAGGAGGUUAUCCCUGCACAUUUUUGUAUCAUUUUUUUGGUUAAUUUCUGUGUUCAAACUGAAAUCUGGAUUCUUUCCUAGAUAAAAAAACAAAACAAAAGAAAUUUUGUAGUAUUGGAGGUGAUUUUUAAUCAUGCUUUAUUAUACAUGAAGCGUUUUCAGAUGCAUCAAUGUUUAUAUGAUGGUUGUGAGGUGUUGAUUAUUUGGUUAUUUGUGAAGUGUGUGAUACUGUGUAAUAAUCAGUGAAAUUGUCUGCACCAUUUUUAUACUUUGGUCAAAAUAAUUUGAAGAGGAACUGUUGUUGGAGAGCUGCUUGUACUUCAGUGCCCUGAAUUUGUUAAAUACCCGAAAUUCUUUUUACAUAGACCUUAACUUUAAUAACUUCUGGCUGAAAUGUCUUCACUUCACAUAUAAUUUUUAAUUAAAUUUAAUAAUAAUCACUGGUACAGUUUUAUUCUAGCCCCAGUUUAUACAAGAAUCCCAAAUUUCACACUCAUGAUGAAGGCAGGAUAUAAUUACAAUUGGAAUUUCAUAUUGAAGUCAAUUUUAUCUUGCUGAAGUUAACCCCACUCCUGAAGGGUUUUAUUUUGAUAUGUUUGCUUCAGUUGUCAUCUUUAUAAUUUGGGUUAAUAUUUACAAUGAAAUUUAGAAUUUAUCAUGUUUAUGAAACCAGAUCUGUAUUAUCUGAAUAUUAACGUAACAGUUUUAGCAAGUUAUUAACAUUUAUUAGAAUGUGGAUAUAGGCUUGCCUAACUCAUUAUAUUGUCCAGUGUGAAUGCUUAUGGACAAAGUCAUGUAUGUUAACCAUUCCAAGAUGUGACUCGAUAGCCGUUUUAUAGAGAUAUUUAUAAGAAAAAUCAGAGUAACUGUCAUUCUUUGCCACAUGUCCACCUUCUCGUCUAUUCUGUGUUAGUUACAAGAGCUGGUUCCUUCUGCUGCCGAUCAACCAGGGUUUUAGCUACGUACUAAAACCAAGCAUGUAGUGUUACAAUAUGUAUUUUAUGUUGAUGCCAACGUCUAUUUUCUUAAUCGUUUCCAUUGCUUUCUCAUUUGGUCAUAAAAGAUUGGCAUUUUAGAUUCAAAUUGUUUUUACUGUGGCACUCCGAAUAUUUAACACAUCCCACGCAUUGUCUUAAAAAAGCUAGCCCAGUUUGAAUAAAGUUUAAAUUAUGGCC